CGAAAAUGAAAAAGUUUGAUAACAACUUUUUUUGAAAAAGAAAAUACAACGUUUUUUUUUGAAUCUUUUACAAAUUACAAAUGAUGUGAUAGUUUUCAAAUCGAGUAUGCAAUCACGUCCAAAUGAAGAAAUUUUAAUAGAUUUGACACGAUGAAAGCGAACAGAUCUAAAAACAAAGCUCGUGAAAGAGAAUCCACCGACGUCUCGGGUAAAUAUUUAGCCAAACGAAAUGACGAAUGGUACCCGGCUGAAAUCUUACAAAAACGUACGAUCGAUCAGAACAAUAGCGAAUACUACGUCCAUUAUACAUCCUGCGAUCGUCGACUUGAUCGUUGGCUAAGUCAAGAUGAUGUUAAAUUCAUCCCAACAUCUCAAGGGCAAGAAGAACCCACGACUUCAGCCACCACAACGAUCAGCGCCAUUAUACCAGAUAUUAGCAAUAGAAAAAUGACUCGGACACAGAAAAAACGUUUAGACGAAAUCAACGAAUCUUUAAUGGAGACAGAAAGCGAAUCUCAAGAAUUAUCAGCUCUAGAAGAAGAACGUAAAGCAUUAACCAAAGUGAAAUACAUAACUGAAAUACAAAUCGGUAAACAUGAAAUCGAUACCUGGUAUUUCAGCCCCUAUCCGGACGAGUACGGUAAAAGCUCGAAAUUAUGGAUUUGCGAGUAUUGUUUAUUCUACACACGUUACGCUGUUUCGCUUCAUUUACACGAGAGAGAUUGCGAAUACAAUAAUCCUCCCGGAACCGAAGUCUAUCGCAGCGGAGCUAUAUCAAUUUACGAAGCUGACGGUCGAUUGCAUAAAUUAUACUGUCAGAAUUUAUGUCUCCUCGCUAAAUUGUUCCUUGACCAUAAGACGUUGUUUUUCGAUGUCGAAGCGUUCAAAUUCUACGUUCUUUGCAUCGUUGAUAUGGUAGGAGCUCAUAUAGUCGGAUUUUUCUCCAAAGAGAAAGAUUCGCCGGAUUGUUUCAACGUAGCGUGUUUACUAGUCUUGCCGCCGUACCAGAAACACGGUUAUGGUCGUUUGUUGAUCGCUUUCAGUUACGAACUGAGUAAAUUAGAAGGAAUUGUGGCUGGUCCAGAGACACCUUUGUCAGAUUUAGGAUUAUUGGCUUACAGAUCGUAUUGGUCUUGGGUUCUUUUACAAGAGAUAUAUUCUUCCGACGAUGAAGUUUCCAUCACCGAACUUAGCUAUAGAACUAGCAUUAACGAAUCAGAUAUACUCGAAACUUUGCAUUGGUUGAAUUUAAUCAAGUAUUUGAAAAAUUCUUAUUGCGUUUGUGUAACUCGUGAAACAUUGUUGGGUGUUUUUAAGAAGCUUAAACCGCCCAGAUUUUUUAUUAAUACCGCGGCUAUUCGGUGGUAUCCUUAUGACAAUGCUAUGUAAAUAAUAUGUACAUAUUUUGUAUUCAAAAUAUUCAUUUUCAAACAAAUAAAUUCUGCAUUUUUUCCCCA